AUCUAUAUAGGAUUACCAUACUUUAGAAUAGACAUUUUCAAUGGCAGAUUCUAAUAAAAUAGGCAUUAUCGAUGAAUAUUUCGUUCAUUGCAUGACUUUAAAGAUUUUAAAAAUCUCCAGGUGAACGUGUGGCAAAGUCUAUACCUGUAAUUGCAGAAAAUUUUCAACAUGUAACUGGCGUACUUUAAUUAACACAACUUCAAUAGACUGUGUAUAGUCACUUCAGAAGAAUUUAAAGUCGAUAAGUAUUUAUUUUUCGGCUUUUUGAAAUUGACUGUAGUUAAACAAGUAAGCUACCAGAGUACAGGAAUAUUGACACUAGUAAGAUUGUACACUGAUGUCUUAGAUAACAAAAUAUGCCGUUAAGGAAAGAGGAAACGAUUAUUGAGAGCAAGGGAUUCAUUCGGUACCAGAAGGGACCAGUAUCAUUAGAGUCAGAGAGACGGAAAGCUAUAAUUCUGGUGGAAGAAGUAGAGAGAAAUGUCAGCCAUUUUAAAAACAAGUGGUUGAAAGACGCAACAGACGACCAUGUUGAUUCGUGGAUUGAUCUUAUUGCACUCGCGAAAGAGCAUGCCGGGAUGCCAAAGUGUAAAACUGUUGAAGAGUUUGGACAAGAACUAAUUAAAAUUCGAAAACAUGAAGCCAUGUCUGAGAAUAAAAUAUUAUUAAAUGAUAUGUUGAAAAUUGCCGAAAGAGCUAAAAUGUUUGAUGAGAUGAUCCCAGAUAUUCACAACAAAUUACAAAGGGCAUUUGAAAGGGUAUCAAAGUAUUGUCUCAGUUUUUCGUUAGAAGCUGAAAAUCAAGACAUAAGAGCAAUUCAGGAUUAUGAAAAUAAUAUACUUAAAUGGGAAGAGGAUAUUCCGAAAGGAUUGGCAGAAGUUAACAGAAAAUACCAUGAUUACUUGGAAGCAAAGAACAUUUCAAUGGAAGCUUAUAUAGAAACAUAUGGAAAUAUUCUUCAUAACAUGACAUACACACUUGAAUCUCUUCCAAAAAUAUGUGAUCCAAUGAGAGACUGGGUGCUCGCUGACGAAACUUAUCCAAGAAAAAUUAUGCAGGAAAUUAGAAAAAUUGAGAAGAAAAAAGAAGAGGUUUCAGAAUCACAUCGGAGACAGUUUAACCGGAAGAAUGAAGAUAGUUCUCGUGUUCAGAGGACGGUUUAUAAUUCAAAGAAAGUCAAGGACCAGUUACAAAAUGCUAUGUAUGAACGGAAACAAUGUCGUAAAAGGGAAAUGGCUGUACAAGACAAUAUUGACAUUAUCAAAGAAGACAUGGAUGAAAAAAAGAAAGAGUUAGACGAUACUCUUAAGCAAUUUAAUAACAGAAAAUCAAAUUCUCCUACAAUAUUUGACAUUUUAUCUGCGAAAGUUGAUACUUUGCACGACGAAAUACAAACAUUGGAAAAUCAGAUGAAAGUUCACAAAAGAAACAUGAGUAGAAUGAAAGAGGAUCGUCUGAGAGUUCAAAAAGACAUUCAUAUAUGUAAGAAAGUGCACGAAAAAAGUUUAAAAGAUACGCAGAAAGUAUAUGAAGUACUUGAACGAGAGGAACACAAUGCCAAACGUUUGGCAGAACAAGACGCAGUGUUAGCAGCUCGAAUCAAAGCUGCUUAUCGAAUAAGACAGAUAAAACUUCAUCCUUUGACAGUGAAAAAAAUUUACCUCGGCGGAUAUGUUCCAGGUCAAAUGAACGGAGUUACAGAUCAUUUGUCUGAAGCCCUAAGGGUAACUGCAGCAGAAGUGGGUAAAAAUUGGACGACACUCUACCGGAAGUUGCCAUUUAAUCCACCACGUGACAAGUCAAAUCGUGACUAUGACAUUGAAGCAAUUGACUGGACCCGAUCAACAAACACAGAGUACAAAGACCUAGCCUACAAAGGCCUUGAGAAAUGGAGAAAACUUAGCAACAAAGCCUCUACUAACGCUCUUAUCAGGACUUUAAAUAGUAUGCAAAAACAGUCAAUAGCUCAACAGCUACAACGAACUGUCAUUAUAACAUGACAAAAAGGCAUUAGUUCUAUGUUAACACGAUGUGCUUUAUUAUACUAUAUAUUUCUAAUCACUGUUCAGCUACUUAAAAUAGCUUGACCUAUUGCUUUAACCCCUGUUUUACAUUUGUACUUGAAAAUACCAGGCGUCUUUCAUAUAUAGACAUGCAUCCGAUUUCUCGACUAAAUACUAUGUAUUAUAUGCUAUUAACCAUAUAUCAACAUUUAUAUUAAAUAAAGUUGUGUUUAUGCGUAACUCACUUGAUUUGUCAUUAAUUGUAUGUGCGUAUUACGAAAGUACAGAAAACUACUCGAUACAUAUUUCCAUUUAAAAUACGUACAAAGUCAUUCUAUCAAUAUAUUUAUUUUUCUUAGCCAUAUUCCCGCCCUCUUUUCCUCGUUUUUGACUCUUGUCGAAUGCGACUUACCGCAAGAUAUUUAUGAAAUGAGCAAGUCGACUGGUACCAUAAGAUAAGUAGGAACAAAUUGUUGAUAGAUGCUAACAACAUAAUUUGAACUUACUUUACAUUAUACAAUAAAAGCAAAUCAUCGAUAAAGUGGAUUUGGAAGUUAAAUGGUACGUAGUACUAGAUUCGUUUUCAUUCUUCUUUUAAAAUACUUACUUGUAAAAUGGUUUAAACUUCAAACUAAAUUUAGUAAUACAUAUUAUAUAAAUAACACAUAGCUGAGCGGGUGAUAGAGCAGAUUGUUACCCCGAGAAAACAUUGUCAACUGAGGCGAAGCCAAGGUUGACAAUGUCUUUUCGAGGGGUAACAAUCUGCUCUAUCACCGUCUCAGAUAUGUGUUAUUUAAUUUAUUAUACUGAAUAUUCUAUUAUUACUGUCUAUUAAAUUUUAAAUUCAAAGUAAUAAACUAUGACGUCUUGUGCAUAACAAUCAUCCGUAUCUAUUAAAGCGCACACUUGAGCAAGCGUCUCCGUGAAGGGUAAUAGAGUAUUUGCCAUGGGAUAGAGUAAAUUGUCUCCCUCGUAUUAACCAAUCAAACUCUGGCAUUUUGACAUGAAGUAUAAUAAAUAUAUUUAUUUUUUUGUAA